UAAAUUUUGCCUGUGAAAGCGCCUGGCGAAAAACAAAAGCAUACACGAAUAUUAAUUUAAUAAUAAACAAAGCGCUAUACAUUACAGCAUCAAGGAGCACGUUCAUUUAUUACACACAGCGCCCCCUGCUGCUGGGAGGAUGGUGGUGGAGGUGGAGAAUUUCUUUGGCGUCUACAUGCUGUACUGCACCAACCCCAAGUUCAAAGGUCGCAUCUACAUCGGCUUCACUGUGAAUCCAGAGCGUCGGAUUGGCCAGCACAAUGGGGGCCGGCAGAGGGGCGGGGCUAAGAGGACAAGCGGACGCGGACCAUGGGAAAUGGUUUUGAUAGUGCACGGGUUCCCUUCAGACAUUGCGGCUUUGAGGUUUGAAUGGGCCUGGCAGCACCCUCACUCCUCCCGCAGGCUCUCCCUCGUCUCCCGCAAGUCCAAGCGAGAGUCCAGCCUGGAUUUCCACUGGCGCGUCCUCUCGCACAUGCUGCGGGUGGCGCCGUGGAGCCGACUGCCCCUGACCGCGCGCUGGCUGAGACAGGAGUACCGCCAAGACUUCCAGCCGGGCCUCGAGCCCCCCUUACACAUGCCUGUGGCGUUCGGCUCUGUGCGAGCCAAGAAAACCAGCAGCAAGGACCCCGGCGAGGAGCGCAGCCGCUCACCAGAGAGACCGUCUGGCAGGUGUCACGUCUGCCGGAAAAAGAUCCAGAUGCCAGCUCACUCCCUCUCCUGCUUUCAUCCCUCGUGCACUAUGACGAGUCACAUGACUUGUCUUGCGCAGGAAUUCCUCAAGACGGAGCCCGCCCAUCUACUUCCUGUGGAAGGUACCUGCCCCAGCUGCAAGAACCAAGUGCUUUGGGGCAGCCUGAUUCGCUACAAGAAGGGUUGCUAUGGCGAUUUGGAGGAGAUUACAUCAUCAUCAGCAUCCCAGAGUCACUGGGCAGACGAUUUGCAGCUGUGAAUACACAUCUGCUUUGGAAUAGUGAAACCACAUCUGGAGCUGAGCUGAAACCACAUCUGGAGCUGAGCUGAAACCACAUCUGGAGCUGAGCUGAAACCACAUCUGGAGCUGAACUGAAACCACAUCUGGAGCUGAGCUGAAACCACAUCUGGAGCUGAGCUGAAACCACAUCUGGAGCUGAGCUGAAACCACAUCUGGAGCUGAGCUGAAACCACAUCUGGAGUUGAGUAUGAAACCACAUCUGGAGCUGAGCUGAAACCACAUCUGGAGCUGAGCUGAAACCACAUCUGGAGCUGAGCUGAAACCACAUCUGGAGUUGAGUAUGAAACCACAUCUGGAGUUGAGUAUGAAACCACAUCUGGAGCUGAGCUGAAACCACAUCUGGAGCUGAGCUGAAACCACAUCUGGAGUUGAGUAUGAAACCACAUCUGGAGUUGAGCUGAAACCACAUCUGGAGCUGAGCUGAAACCACAUCUGGAGCUGAGCUGAAACCACAUCUGGAGCUGAGCUGAAACCACAUCUGGAGCUGAGCUGAAACCACAUCUGGAGCUGAGCUGAAACCACAUCUGGAGUUGAACUGAAACCACAUCUGGAGUUGAACUAUACAACUUCAGUUCUGUGCGUUGGACAGGUGUACAGGGGGCUUCACAUGACAGACUGCUGUAGGAGAAAAACGAACGCUCGCUGUUUUGCAGUGCAGUCUUGCAUGUGGGACGCGGACAACAUACAGCCCCAGGAUUGGGGGGAAAAAACACCCACAUAUUUUGCUGCUACGAAAUUGGAUGAAUUCAGACCUGAUGUUUUUAGAAGCAAGCUUUCUAUUGGACAAUCUUUCAAUACUUGAAUGGACUGGAUGAAUUGUGAUACUACUUUACUUCAUAGAUAAAAAAAAAUGUCUACAUAGGUACACCAAAUGGUUAUUAAAUAAUAAAUUAAAUGCUAUUUAAAUAUAUUUGUACACCUUUUUUUUCACGUUUGCAGUCUGUGAAGGUGAGAUUUUUAUCGUAUUUCUCGAUGGCUCAAUCUAACUUGCUUGUGUUUUUUCAGAUGUUUAUGUGAGAAAUCAAGUGGUAUUUUGAUCUUUUCAAUUUCCCUUCCGCGUGGCAGAGUUCUGCCUUGAAACAGCUCUUGAGGAAUUAGAAGCUGUUUUUAAUCAAGUGGAGAUGAUGGCAAAAUCCUUUUAAAAGCUACAAUGAUAUACAAGUGAUUGUCAGGAUUAACACAUAACAAUAACAGAAAACGUAAUUUUGCAGUUAUUACAUUAGUAAAAGUUUUGAUAAUUUUAAGUGUGCUGAAGUAGGGCCAGAUACAAACCUCUCUGUGUAUUUUAACACAUUUUGUUGUAUUAACAAUGCACAAGUUUGAGAUUAAACAAUACAUUAUUUUUGAUAAUGAUACUUAUUGCUUUUAUUGUCCAUUUUUAAAAACAUUUUAUAAGUUUAUAUUAUUAUUUAUUUAUUAUUAUUAUUAUUAUUAUUAUUAUUACUAUUAUUGUGUUGUAAGCGUAGCCUACACGCCUGUGUUCUGAUAU